AUGGACGCUAGUGACAAUAAGGUACUGUUUAUUUUGAUAUCUGCCGUUUUUGUUGGGGGGGGGGUCUGUGGAAGAAGGGCCCAAAAACAAAAAUUUGGUUCAAGGUAAUGCUUAAAAAAACAUAUUUUGCUGUUAAUUGUAACUCAAAUUAUCUUUAUAGAUCAUUAGAUUGUGUAAGAGGACGGAAGGUUUAUGCGGUCUGUCUUUAGUAUUACAGUUAUCUUAUUGAGCUAGCAGGCUAACGUGAAAACAGCUAACGGUAACUGCUGCCCCUCACCAUACAAAUGUCUUUAGUCCCGAUGCAGUGGAGUUUAUUUUCACAUUUUUACGAUUUGUCGUAAAAGUAUCGCAAUGACACUUCAUUUUUGAUCAUCCUCGAAAAGGCAGGCUAUUGUAUAGUGUUAGCACGGCUGGCUAGCAGAAGCUAAAUAGCUCAGCUGUCAUUUGACGUCGCUUGUCAUUAAAAUUCAGGUCAGAAACACAGCAGUUCGUGUGGAAAAUGUCAGGUUUUUAAACAUUUAAAAGGUUUCAGUCACGUAUGAGUGUGCACAUGAGUGUGUUAUGAAGAGAGGCGUAGAGGUUUCGUGGACAGUGUUUGUCAAUAAGAGGAGUUUCUGGUUCUUCUGCAUGUAUGACAUUCCUGCGACGUUGUGUGUAAUGCAGAAAGUUCAGUUUGGUCAGGUUUGUUUUCCUGUUCGUACAAUUGGUGAUUACCCUCUCAGAUGGUGAGAUCAUGGGUGUCUUGAGCUUUAACAAAAAACAUAAUCUGGGUGACUGAUCUUUAAACUCGUGGCCUGGUGUCCAUUUCUUUUUGAGAGCAACCGGUGUCAGACUAAACUCUUUCCAUAAACAGAGGCUUUUGAGAUCUGAGUCCGAUCACUACGAGGUUUGUCAUCCUCAAUGAAUGCACAUCUGGAUCUGACCUCAUUGCCUUCUUGACAAUCCCAGCUAUUCUCAGUGACCCUCUCAACCCCAGCACUCAGUUCAACAAAGGCACACAUGGUUGAAUCAAUGGACAGAUCCUUUGGGUUGCUUUGUUUUACAGCAAACUGCAUUUUUGUUUUUGGGAAGAUGUUUUAUUCUUUUGUUCAGAGCUAAAUUUUCUCUUCAAAUGCAGAUGGCCUUUAAACUAUAGCUUACUGUGUAAUUAGCUUAUCCUCUACCACUGUCCCUACUUUAUCCUCUCAAACUUAAUCCUAUAACAGCCCUCUAUCCGCUAUACUGAAGCAUCAUACAGGUAGUGUAGUCCUAAAUACUUAUGGCUGUGGCUAUCAGUCUUGGCAUGAAGACUGCUUUGCUCCAAGGCUGAACAGCAACUAUAUACCAUGACUAACUUAAAAUAUGAUGCGAUGUGAAGAUCACCUAAAGAAAAGUGAGAGAGCCACCCACAGACAGUAGCAGUGGGAAACAAUAGCUUGUCUGUUUGACAUCCACUGGUUGAACUGAUACUCUAUUCAUGCAUCCGACCACUGUUUCAGAGAUUUGAGGGGGCGUCUUUGUACUCUGAACCCUGUCAACUCUACUCAUCCUUUGCAAAAGAUAGUGGAUUAUCUUAAUGGGACCUCUUGGACAGAGCUGCCACCUCUGUUUAAAAUCAGGAUGAGAAAUUAGUUCAAGCCAUAAGCCAAAUGCUGGUAAAAUAUGAAAAGGUCUGGAAGAUCCCAGAUACACACACAAAAAGAUUUCCUCAUUGGUUGAUGGUGAAUUUGGACAUUCAUCUGUUUGUGUCUGAAUCAUCAUCACAUAUUUAAAAAAGAAAUGUCUGUACCUCAGUAAAAAAUGUUUAAGGAAUUUGCCACUGAUUUGUUUGGAAUGACAAUGAAAUAUAUAAUAUAUAAUUAAAUAUAAAGCAUAACACAUUUAAAACCCACAUUCUCUUUCUUUUUUCCAGCAAAUUAAAUAAUAGAAUCAUAUUUUUUAAGGAAGUGAAAUAAGACUUCAUUUAGCUUAUGUCAGCACAACUAUUCUGAAGUUGUCAACAAAAUUGUCUGAAAAGGCAGAUUCAAAGAGCUUUUUUAUGGAUGUCAUUCCCAAGACUAUCUCCUAAUGCCCCAGACGUGUUACCUUUGGCUUUUUUGUGGCCUGUUACGAUACUCCCUAACAGCGAAAUGCCUGAGUCAAAGCUGCAUGUUUGUGCCAUAAAUUUAGUGAACCGCAGACCAGACUGACCAGUGGAAGCCUCAAGUUUGUGCAUUGUUGUUCUUUACUGGCUGUAAAAAUGUCACAAUCUUGAAUGAGUUAUCUUACUGAUAGACUUAUUUGACUUGAAAUUCUAGAUUUGCUGUCAUUAGCUUUUCUACAAGAAAUGGCCUUUUUCUUGGAAAGUCAAAGCUCUUUUUUGCUUGAAAUGUUAUGCAAAGGUGUUGCCUUGUGACUAUUUUUUUCUAUUUAUCAUAGAUUCAUAAAUGUUAAAUAUGACAGGUGGGAAGAGACAAGUUACUGCUUGAUGCAGCCUAUAAAUUGGUCAAAUAACCCACAGUAUACAUUCUAUUUUUAAUUCAAGGUUCAAGCUUUCUAUUGUCAAUUUCUGCCGUAUGUCAGCACAUACACAGGAAUCGAAAAAGAAGUUUCUCUCCAGUCCACUGUGCAAAAAUACAGAGAACAAUUCUAGACAAAAAAGUACAAUAGAGAAGAGUAUAAUAGAGAGUAGGAGAAGGAGAGUGGAUUCACAUGUGAACCUGAUGACCAGAAAAAUGAUUCUGCUUUACAUAGUUACACAUGGCCUAAAGUGCAGGUGGUGGUUUAAAUCUGCAGUAUUGCUUUGAUGUAAAGAGCAUGUCAACAGUAACAUAAGAUCAAACAGUGCAAAAUACAGAUCCAGGUGAUUCUGUAACAGCAGCAGCAGAGUUUUCUUAUAGAGAAAAUACAUUCUUGUAAUAGGACUGUCUGAUGUUGCUUCCUUGCUCCUCAAAAAAUGAUAUAGCAGAAUCUUUGAGGAAACUUCACAACGUGGAAUUUGUGUCUUUAAGCACUUCACACGUAUCAUGUGUUUUGUUAUCUUGCAGUUUCUUUAGUCAGAGCUGCUAGUUUUGUAUAAUGUUUCUCCUAUAACAAAUUAUUAGCUCCUUGUGACGAUUUGAGAUACUGAUACUUAUGCAUAUAUGGACUAUGUUAACAAAAGGCCGGUCAUUGGAUGGAUCCCUCUCAUCUGUAUGGCUGCAGAUUUCUUAGAAACAUGAACAAGUGAGCGUCACAAUGGCUGAAAACUGUGGGAUUGAUUGGCGGUUGUGCUGAAUCUCAUCUUUGAACUCAAAAUGUUUUUAUGUCUCCAUUUUAAGGCCUUAUAACUGCUUUUAUUGCUGGUUCCAUCCAGACCCUUGUAACUAUCAACAAACAGGAAGAGUGUGAGGAAACGCAGUGAUCAGCUGUGAUGGCAGCUAAAUAGAUGAAAGGUUGGCCAGUCACGCUGGUAGGUGAUGUGUAGUUCGGGUAUUUUAAAGGUUAUAAUUAGCUAGCUGUUUUAACAAUAACUUGAGUUGCUUUGGGAAGUUGUGUCAUAACUCUUGUAAAUUUUCUUCCCUGGGGAAAUUUACAAGAGUUAUGAACUUCACAAACCAACCUAAUCAGAGCCAGUCUGUUUAGUUUGGUUUAGUCCACCUCACAAACACUCUCUUUUUUUUAUGUGGGGUGAUAAAAACAUUCAUGAUUUCUUUUUUCGAAUAGGCACUGAUAAAAAGACGACAAUCAGUGGGCUUGAUUAAGCUCAAGAAAAACAAUAUGGUGACAGACUUAAAUAAUUAAUUUUGAGCUGCUGGAGAUAUUUUCGCUCUUAGGUGUUGAUUGUUUUUCUUGCUCAGAUGUAUCACGGCGUUAAUUGGCUGCUGUUGCUAGUCUCAGUGUGAUUGAAAUGUCUCUGUCUCUUUGUGCAGGAUGUGAAGCUUUCAGCCGAAGUGGAACCGUUCAUCCCACAGAAGAAAGGUAUCGAAGGAUCCCUUGUCAGCAUGAGUCUUUCUGGAGAUGCAGGUGGAGGAGGUGGGGGUGGAGGUUUAGGGGGAGGGGGCGGAGGGGUGGAAACCACUCCCAUACCCAGCUACCUCAUCACCUGUUACCCCUUUGUCCAGGAGAAUCAACCCAACAGGUAUUUAAACACUUUUAAAUCAGUCCUUUUUGACUCUGGCUGAUGGUACCAGGGGUUUUAGUUUGCAGUAGCUGUGAAAAUGUACUCUGUUGUGUGUUUAAAUAUCUUACCCUCUUCUAGAAUUGUGGGGAUUAUGCUUUACUGUGGACUCCCCAUGAACAGUUCGCCCCUCUUCUGAACCCUUUUCUAUUUUCAGAAUUACUCCUCAAACACUCUGUUUACUAAAGUAAGAAGGGAACACCAUGUCCCUGUUGUCUUGCUCCACAAAAGAGGUCUGGAUCAGAUCCUAUACAUAGUGUAUUGAGUUGGAGCCAUGAGAUCCUCUGUAGUUUAGGACUACUUAAUUAUGAAUGGAAACCUCCCCAGAGUUACUCUGUGUACGUGGAAUCACAGUCUGUGUUUCCAGUGACUCUCUCUUUGUCCACAGUGAUCUGCUGUAUCCUGCACACAUCCGUUCCUUUGUUUCCUUUCCCCGCUAUUUGAAUGCAAGGAAAUGCACGCUGGCUGUGAAAAUAUCAUCUGGAUCUUUAUCAACAUCCCUGCAUACCAUGCACACAACCCCAACAAAGCAGCCACCAGGCGGGCACAUCAUCACACUGACAUUAAAGAUGUUAGCCUGGCAUCACACUUGUCUUUCAAAAGCAGCUGAAGCUUAAUAGAAUCAUCCCUAUAGAACCAUCGCAUGCACACUGUAUUUACUGUGAAUACUACACCACCUACUGCUUGUAUAUAAAGCAACUUGUUACAUAACGUACAUCAGCAGCACCCUUUGCACUCUUCACUACUGCGCUGUUGUCUUACUGCCUAAAAAUUCUGUACAACUUUACAAAGAACUUUAAUGUUUGUGUUACCUAAUCAGUCCUGUUGUCCUAGUUUUGAGCUGCCCACCUUUGUGUAUUAUAUCUGGGAGCAAUGUUAAACCAAAGUCCAUUUCUUACAUUGUAUUCACACACUUGGCAAGUAUUAUCAAGAACCAGUUUAUAUUUAUUACAUAAUGCAUCUUAUCUCUCGACACAUUUUGAACUUUCCCACAAAAAGGAUACGAGCAAAGAGAAUCUGAAUAACAGGUUUUGUUUUAUGGUUUGCCUCUUUUAAAAAAAAUACCUUUGGAAAGGUGUAUAACUCUGUUGAUAUUGUGUAAAAUGAGUUUAAAUGGUUGAUUACUAGAAAUUAUUUUACAUCUUGUCUUCCCAUGGUUUCACAGGCAACAUCCCAUGUAUAAUGGAGGAGAGCUGCGCUGGCAGCAGCCUAACCCCAGCCCCGGUGGUUCAUACCUGGCCUACCCUAUCCUGUCAUCCCCCCAACCUCCUGUCUCCAACGACUACGCUUAUUACCAGAUCAUGCCGGCUCCAUGCCCACCUGUGAUGGGCUUCUACCAGCCCUUCCCUGGCACUUAUGCAGGUCCAGUGCAAGCUGGAGUGGUCAACCCUGUCUCAGCAGAUGUUGGUGAGAGACCACUGCCCCUGGGGCCAGCGUAUGGCAUGGCUAAUCAGAGAGGAAGAGGCAUGGUCCGACCUAAUCUCCUCCCAAAGGUAUACAAGGCUAACAGCCUCACCUGAUGGCAUGUGUUGUUUGUUUUACUUGAUAAUGCCUCUGCUUAUCGUCAGUAUUAUGAACAAGCCCUGACUCUUUUUCUUUUUUCUUUCUACCAGCAACAGUUGGGUAUGUGCCAGCCUCCAAGAGGACGUCGGCCUCCGACCAGGAGUGUAGCUGUACAGAAAGAAGUGUGCACCUUGGGGCCUGAUGGAAGGACAAAGACCGUCAUGCUGGUAGAUGCGGCUCAGCAGACAGGUAAGAGUACUUCAGAAAUAAUUAAAAGACAAAUUUAGGUUCUAUCGAUCAAGGUAUAUAUGCAGUUUUUGUUGGUUUUUCAAGGAAAAGAUUCAUAAGGAGCCCUCUAAAUUUCAGAGUCCAAAUUUUGUUUGCCAAGUGCAUAGCCAGCGUCGAUAAUAGUCUUUAUUCCUGUGGCUCAAAGGUAACUUUAGUUCAAAACAUCCCAGACUUUUUUAUAGUAUCUGCUUUGCAUGGAAACAUGAUUGUUUCCUGUCAGUAAAGAGGACACAACGCUGGUAAAAGCUGUGCCUAAUCUCACAGGUUGACGUUGAUGCUUGUUCUGAUUUUCUCAAAGACCUGGAAUGCUGAGUUUCCAGUUUGAGAGUUCAAAAUAUUUCCAGGCCUGUGAUGUCUAUUAUCCUGUCAAACUAAAUCAAAGUUCUUCUCAAAAGUUUUCUAACUUAAUUUUUUGUGUCAAGUUGAAAACAUCACAGUAUACUCAAGAACAGUAUUGAUUCAUCAACAGUUUUGCCGUCCCGUUACAUAAACUGUCGAGGUCAAUGAUGCUAGAAGGUCUAUUCUGCUGUGUGACAAAACUGUGUUACAAGGACAGUAAGUCUCACUUUCUUUUUGUUUGUCCCCAGAUUUUCCAGGUGAGGUUUCAGGGCGGAGUGCAGCCGAGCGAGGAAGCCCGCUGUUAUGGAAGAACCGAACAAAAAGAAGACGAGCAUCUCAUCCAAGUGAAAACUACAAUGAGCAGGGUGCCAGUGAGGCAGAUAUAGACAGUGACAGCGGCUACUGCAGCCCCAAACACAACCAGGCAGCUGUGGUGACGCAACGAACAGCAGAGAAUACGGCGGCAACUCCAGUAAGUGGACAACUUAUGGACAGCCCAAGACGCUGCAGAUUGAUUAUAGACUGGGGGUUUGUUUUUGCUCACAUUCUGGUCAGGGAUACUAUGGAUGAAAAUCACAUCAUUACAUUUGGAAAAUCAUGUUUACAGGAGUCAGACUGAGUAGUAAACUUAAAUGCUCUGUGUAGAUAUAUUUCCAGCAUGCGUGUCGUUUAUUCAGUCAUCCUUAAACUUUUUGGCAGUAGCAGUUUUUCGCAUCAACAAUAGAGGACUUUGCUUGUGUAAUGCCUGAGCAAAUACCAGUGGGUGUAGCACGGCCCUUAGACAACCUUUGCUCACACAGUGUUUUCAGAAUGUUAAAUAUACACAGGAAAUCUCAAAACUCACUGUGUUCUUCUUUUUUUCCCCCCUUAUGUUUUAUAGGGAGUAGAAGCUGGAGUGAUGACAGGUGAGUUUGAACCAACAUGUAAAGCUCCUUUCCCCCAGUAUCAAGUUCUCAUGACAAUAUACCAGAGAUUUUUCUUUACCCUGAAAAUAACACUGAUGUUUUCUGAUUCACUAGCAGGUACCUGGGUAAAUGUAGCCUCUCAAGCUAACCCAAAGCCCUGGGGGGACAGGAACGGACAGUUUCAUAGAGCAGACCAGAGGAAGAAUCCUGAACAAAGAAACUUCUCACAGGUACUGUUUGUCCUGGAUGAGUAAGCCUGCUGUACGUCAGGAGAACAACUCUGGGUAUGAUGAAAUUAAUGUCAGCACAAAUAUUAAGUCCUGUGAGGCACAACAGAAGUUAUUCAACUAUGCCUAUUGGAAUAAGUGAAUGGAGCACACAUGAGACACUAUUGUUGUGGAGGGAACAGAAAAAUACUUUUACACCGUAUUAUAAUAACAAGAAAUAAGCACACUGUGGCUUUUAUGAACAAGAAACACUCCAGAAGAAGAUCAGACAGUGUCUCUGAGUUGUUCUUCCUCACUACAUUGAACACUGUCUGCACAGAUACUAAAAAGAUAAAGAUAUUUAAUACCAGUGAUAACAUCUUUGGCUCAUUUGUUGUCCCUCUCUUUAUCUCAGGAUUUCCACAGUGGUUAUCCAGGGCGGGUUCCUCAAAACCAGUCAGAACAACGGCUGCAGGCAGCAGUGGCCACUGGCAAUGAGCUCACCCCAGAGCCCCUCUAUUUUGAGGUGAGAGAAAGUUUUGAUUUGUUUUUUUUUUAGUCAACUCUACAUUGAAUCGAUUUUUAAAGCACCGUGGCUGUCAUUAUAUUCAAACACUCAUUUUAGAUUUAUUUCUUGUCUUUCUGUGUCCUCGUCAGGAUGAAGAUGAGUUCCCAGAUCUCUCUGCUGGAGGGCCUGGUCAACGUAGCACCAAACAGGAACCCACUCCAGCCCAGGCACACACACAACCUAAGCUACCCAAAAACCUGGUAAAGACUGCCAUUUCUAAUGUCAGCUGUCUUUAAAGGUUGGCCACGUCAUGAUUGCCAGAUUCAAUUUAUACACAGAAGAGUGUUUUUUCUAUUUCUCUGGGGUAACUUGAAACAUAACCAGACAGAGUUCACCAUCAUGUUCAAAAAUGAGGCAUGUAGAUUUGUGAUUCUUUCAAAACUUCAAGUCAAAGCAGAAUCAGUCUAUUGCCUGUUUAGUUUCUUGUAUUUAUUCGAAAGAGAGCCCAGUUUUUUGUUAGAUUACAUUUUUUUUGUUGUUCUUUGUUUUGGCAGUGGUGUGAGCCUUUCUGCUUAUCUUGUGUCAGUUGCAUGACCGCACCCUGAUUCUUGAAUUAGUAGAAAUAUAUGUAAACUCCCCCCUCCCCAUCUGCUGCUGUAGGUUUUGAAGUUUCCAGAUAAAUGAUAAACAUCAUGCCACAAUGCAACAUUGUUCUAAAAUACCAUUAGCGUGUGAAAAUUGUUGAUGCUUGGAGCACAGUGCAGUUUGAAGUAUUAGAAAGACAAUAGGACAAAAACAGUCCAUAAGCUCUAAAGCUUCCUCUCUACCUUCUCUCUGAGUUUCUCCUUGUUUAUUCCCUCACACACACACUCACAGAAGAGGCGCCUAUUUGCAAAUGGAUAUAUUUAUUUUUGCAAUAUAUAAGUCAGAGCUGAUGUGACGCAUCUAUGAAGCCAUAUGUAGACUGCCUGUCCCUGCUAAAUACUAAGUCGUGUUUCCUCUUGGAUCAUAGCUGGAUAACCUCCCUGAAAACUCCCCCAUCAACAUUGUGCAGACACCCAUUCCUAUCACCACCUCUGUUCCCAAGAGGGCCAAGAGCCAGAGGAAGAAGGCUUGGGCAGCUGCGUUGGCUACUGCACAGGAGUACUCUGAAAUCAGCAUGGAACAGAAGAAAUUACAGGUAUAAACCAGCAGUGUGGUUGAUGCUCUUUUAGGCUGGGAUCAGGGAGAACAGUUUUGCCUUGUUAAUGUGCUUCUGUGUGUUGUUUUUUUUUCUAAUGCUGAUCCUGACAACUUCCUGUCCUUAAAUAACCAUAUUGACCUUAAGUUUGAGUUGGCUCAUCUUUAUUCUGACCUUUCUCUGCCUCUACUUUUACCAGGAGGCAUUCACCAAAGCAGCAGGGAAAAAGAGUAAAACCUCGGUCGAGCUUGAUCUGGGGGAUAUGCUUGCAGCUUUGGAAAAACAACAGCAGGCAAUGAAGGCCAGACAACUCACCAAUACAAAGCCGCUGUCCUUCACGGGUAAAACUUCACACAAUAAGACUGCCUUUCCCAGUUUUCAUUCGCUUGGUGUCUGCAUGCCGCUGUCUGAUAACAUUACUGUUGCUCUGCGGCACAUGCUGAGUUAAUCUGAUUGAUUGUAGGUCGGUCAAAUCUCUUCCAGGGGCACUUUUGUGUGCUACUAUUGCUAACAUCCUCCUGGAAAUGAAAUGAAUUGCCAUGCUAGGUGUUCAUUAUUAUUGUAAGCAUUCUUCUUCUACCACACGACAUCAUUUUGCAGGUUUUUUGGCCUGCUGCUACAGAAAAUAUGGCAAAGUAUUUGAUAUUUGUACCCUUUUUGAAAGUCCUCAUGAUCCCAAUGAACACGUUGAAAGUUGAGUGAUUGGUAUUUACAUAUUAUUCAUCCCUUGUAAUUUAACAUAACUCAUUUGUAGAGCUGACCUGGUUUCUUUAAGUAACCUAAAAUGCUUCCUCCUUCCUGAGUAGUCAGACUGUGACCACUGAUCCGGCACUAAAUCAGUGAUAGUCCCAGCACAGCCUUAAAGCUAUGAACCUACUGGGCACAAACAUGUACACAUACUUAAAUGCUGCCUGUACACUGAGUUUUGUUUUCUUCUCUCCAGUUGGAACAACGACUCCUUUCCACAGUGCAGGCUCGACCAAUGUGUCCUCCAUGUUGAAGGGUCACCAGCAGCCUUACUCAGCCCCACAUAAUUCACUCGAUUCUACUGCUCCGCGCAUCAAGAGAGGAAAGGAGAGAGAGAUCCCUAAAGUUAAACGACCAACAGCCCUGAAAAAGGUUGAUGAUUUCUUCUGAGAUGAAUCAUCUAAAAGAGGGCAGAUGGGGUGUUAUUCAGCAUGCAUAGAAAUGACAAAAACAAAAUAUUUGAACCCACAAAUGUUGAGGUGCUACUUUUUAAAAAGUUCUGCUCUUGUUUUCUGCCCUAAGAUUAUCUUGAAGGAACGUGAAGGGAAGAAAGGGAAGACAAGCGCAGAGCAGGAAUCUUCAGGCCAGGAGGAGCACGGGGAUGAGAGUCUCCAUUUUACUGAUGAUCUCCCAAGAGAGCCUGCCUCCCAAGAAGGUGAGGACGAUCCAUAAUGAAUGCAGAACAAGGAUUAUGUUUCCAUCUAUCAGGGUGUUUUAUGUGUUUUCUCCAUUUUCUCAAUCUUAUACAUGUCCUGAUUUUUGUGUUACAGAGAAUGGUUUGAGCGUUCCCAGUGAUGCAUCUCUCUCUCCAGCCAGUCAGAACUCGCCGUACAGUAUUACUCCUGUGUCACAGGGUUCUCCUGCCAGCUCCGGUAUCGGAAGUCCAAUGGCAUCAAACGCAAUCACAAAGAUUCACAGCAGACGUUUCAGGGAGUAAGUGCUCACUCUUUGUCCCCACGGAGAGAGAAGCAAACAUUUUCAACAGGAAAGACCUUUUGAGUGGAAUCCCAGGAAUUGGAAUUUGCCAAAAAUGCAAAGUGUGGCAACAAAAAUGUUAAGGAAGCAAAUACUUGUCCUACUCAAAAAUCACAAAACUUUGGCUGCAAGAGUCAUGAAUGGGUGUUUUUAUGGGUGGGUUCUCACAAUAAAGAAUUGUAGAGUAUGGCACAGAUGCCUAGCACAUUGUCCCUUCUCAGCAAAAAUGUAUGCCAGUGGUCACAAACACAGCUUUGUCCCUUCAUGUCCUCCACUGUAGGUCUAUUGUCCCUGCCCACCCUUCACUAACAGAUUUAGCAUAUAAUGCCUCCAAAAAGCCUCUGUGGCUGAGCUCCUCCUCACAGCUGUGACCUCGGGGUCCCUUGUCCCUCAGGCCACACUACGUCAGACUUCCGAUUCACAUUUCACCAAACCAAGGAGCCACUGGGAGUCUGACGGCUGUGCUGGUUGAGAUGCUGAAAGCUUUAGCGUGAGCCAGAAGGAGUAUCGCUGCAGAAGCAUAAGUGACAAGCAGUUAAAUAAUUAUCAUAGACAGUAAAAUAAAUCAAUAAGUGGGAAUAGCCUGGACUAAUGCACAAUAAUAAGUUGUAUUGCCAAUUCCUCUAAAUAAAACAUCCCUCAAUUAUGAACUUAAUCCCAAACUGGCAUCAUAAAGACCGAAAGCUGUUUAGUUUCUACAAGUCGUCACAUUUCAGUUCAGUUUAAAAUGAAUUUACUUUGGAUUAAUCCCCCCCCUCGCCCCUCCAUCUGCAGGUACUGUAACCAGGUGCUGAGUAAGGAGAUUGACGAGAGUGUGACUCUGCUGCUACAAGAACUAGUCCGCUUCCAGGAGCGGGUCUACCAAAAGGAUCCAACCAAAGCCAAAUCCAAACGCCGCCUAGUCAUGGGUCUAAGAGAGGUCACCAAGCAUAUGAAGUUGCACAAGAUUAAGUGCGUUAUCAUCUCUCCAAACUGUGAGAAGAUCCAGGCCAAAGGUGAGAGAAAGGCCGUGUUAGAAGUUCAUCACUUGUUUAUGUUUCUCUUAAACGGCAAAAGUCGGUUAUUGAAGGAUGAGAUUUGGCAGAACGAACAAAAAUUGUGGUACAAAUUCAGCAGUCGACGUUGUAAAGCUCUGAUUUUUGUGUCUCACCAGCACAGCAGUUUUUAUUGCCAUUCUUGUACUCAGUGCUUUUGCUGUUUCCUUGUCUUUAUGGUAAUGUGUUACAUUUAUUUGUACAUUUGGGUCACUCUUGAUUUCCUGUGUUCCAGGUGGUUUGGAUGAAGCUUUAUAUAACGUGAUUGCCAUGGCGAGGGAUCAGGAGAUCCCGUUUGUGUUUGCCUUGGGCAGAAAAGCUCUUGGACGCUGCGUCAACAAACUAGUGCCUGUCAGUGUGGUUGGCAUUUUCAACUAUUCUGGAGCUGAGGUAAGAAUUCCUAAUCAAACAAACCUAUAGCCUCUGUUAUUCCUGUCAAAUGUUCUGUACUUAUUUUAGUGGAGGGUGAACGAAUGAGGAGUACGUCACUGGCAAAUGUCAUUGAUUUUAGUUCAGACACAGUGUCACAGCAUGUUUGGGCUCUCUGUGUGUCAUUUUGAACUUGAUAAAGCUUCUCCUUCUUUCAGGGUCUCUUCAACCGCUUGGUGUCCCUCACAGAAGAGGCUAGAAAAGCCUACAAGGACAUGGUUUCAGCUCUGGAGCAGGAGCAGGCCGAGGAGGCUCUGAAAAACGAUAAGAAAGUCCCACACCACAUGGGUCACUCUCGCAACCACUCUGCUGCUUCUGCUAUCUCCUUCUGCUCCAUCUUCUCUGAGCCCAUCUCAGAGGUUAACGAAAAGGAGUAUGGUAAGUGUCCAGACUUCAGGCUCUCUUUAAAUCCAAGUCCUGAUUUUGAGGGGUUUCCUCUACAGCGAGUAAGCUGUUAAUAUUUGAUGCACAAGUUGGUAAGAGACCUUUGUCUGCAGUAUCUGUAUGAGAUGGAGGUAUUUCUUGUCUUCUUGGUGGUUCUUAAAGCCCUUCCACAAUUGUGCCUGUGACAACUUUCAAUUUUUGACUAUACAGUUCCUAAAAAACUACACUUGCCUUUAAACAUAUCCCUCACAACCAGAGAACCCUAAAAAGAGUUCAAGGAUGUGCAGAGGACUCUAACUAGACACCUUUAAAGGGUCAUAAGCCAAAGAAAGAUCUCGGAUCACUACCUUUAUCUUUGAAUUAUUAUUAGUUUUAGUUAGAGCAAAUCCUUAUCUGAAAAGAAACUUCAGCGGACUGAUAAAAGUCAGAGUAUCACUGAGAGAUUUCGUAUAACAGAUAAAAACUGAGCAUUACAAAUCUACUAAUUCUUUCUUCCAGAGACAAACUGGAGGAGUAUGGUGGAGUCCUCAGAUGCUCUGGAGCCUGUAGAGGCUGAACCGAGCCGCCCUGCUCCUUCCACAGCAGCUCAGAAAGACUCUGAGGCUGUUGUAGCCACCAGUAACACUGCCCCGCCCAGCUCCUCUGCUCCACAGCCCAGGAUGGGUCCUCCUGCACAGGUCAGUGGUGAGAGAGAUGAGGUCAGGGUCGACGACCGGCUGGAGCUGGCCUCUCAGCAGAGCACAGAGACCGGCUCAUUAGACGGUAGCUGCAGGGGCCCGCUGAACUCCUCCAUUACCUCCACCACCUCCACCCUGGUCCCCGGGAUGCUGGAAGAAGCUGAGGAGGAGGACGAGGAAGAGGAAGACUACACUCCAGAACCUAUUUCUGUGGAGGUGCCCACCCUCAGCAGUCGCAUCGAAUCAUGGGUGUCAAAGACCCUGGAGAACCUGCAGCUGGGAAAGAGCCAGGAAAGUACAGAAGAAGAGGAGGAGGAGGAGGAAGAAGAAGAGGAGGAUUAUGAGGAGGAGAGAGGGCGGAGUGAGGAUGAGGAGGACCUUGACACAGCAGAUAUCACAGAGACAGUGGUGGAGGGGAAAGAGCAAAUGGAAGCGUCAAAGAUCACUGGUUGA